UAUUUUUCAACCGUCACAUUUCAAAAACCGCGAUUUUAGAAACCGCCGGAGUGAGUUCGUUCGCCGCCAUGAAAACAGCAAAAGCUACGGUGGCUAAAGACGACGGUGGAAGAGAAGGCGAGAAAUUCGCGUUGGGGAAGGUAUACGCUGUCAAGUUGACCACCGGAGACGAGUUCAAUGGAAUCGUCUUGGCAUAUGAUUCUGUUCCCAACUUCGCCAUCUUCGAUAUCCUUUUUUUUUUCCGAAAUCAGUACUCGAAUCUCGUAGUAUUCUUCUUUUGUUUGGAAUUUUGCGGUUUCCUUGACGGAUUUAGUGAUUUACAAGAAGGAACGAAGCCUAAACCUCUCGAUUCGAAGACCUUACGGAUGGUGAAUGCGAAUUACAUAACCGAGCUGAAGAAUCUGGGGAGAGUUAAGGAUCCGCUAGCUAAGAAGCCUUUGGCUAAUCUUGAUGAACUCAUAAAGAAAGAAGUUAAUGGCAUUAGAGACGUCGAGAGAAUUGGUGUUGGUGUUACCGCAGAGGCGCAGAUGAUCUUUGACGCGAUUACUAAGACGCUUCCUGCGCGUUGGGAUAACAAAAACAUUCUGGUAAUGAGAGAAGUGUUGGUUCGUAGCCCUUAUGAUUCUGAUUCUGUCUUUGGAGGAACCCGUGCUGCCAAUGAUCAAGUAAAGAAUGUGCUGAAGCACGUGAGAAAGAAGUUGCAACUCGGUGGUGACGCAUGAAGGCUGUUGAAGGAUUUGUUCAAUGAAACUCAGCAAAAAAGUAAGUCGCUACUAUCCCGAGAAGUACCUAGACCUGAUGCCAUGUGUAAAUUCGCUUCACGGUAAGAAGAUUAGAGAUUUUUUUCUGUUGCUGAGUUUGAAUUGUGAUGUUGACAAGAACACAGAGAGUGUCAGUGUUUUCUUCUGUAUAUCAAAUCUGAACCAAAACAAUAACUCACUGAUAAAAAGUUCAACACACACAUUUCUUUUGUUGAACUCAUCUGAAAUGAAGGCUGUGAUGGAA